CUCUCAUGAACAGCUGUGUGCUGUUUGCUUGUUAAGCUCUGAUUGGUAACCAGUGGUCGUCAGUUCCAUUUAUAAACCCUCAUGCUCUCAUUGCUGUUACUGCUGGUCUUCAGUAUGAUGACUUUUCACAUCCUCCUGGGGGUUUCCCUUGUUGCCUUGCUGCUGCUGGAUGUUCAUGGACUUCCUGUGAAAGCUCCAAAAUCCCAACAGCAGGGUGGCAGUGGCACCAAUGCAGCUUCUCAGGGAGUAGCAGCUCCUUCCCAUGCUGCUCAUGCAUCCUUCAGUGCUCCUGUAGGAAAGGUUCCUAGUCAACCUUUCCCAGUACAACAACCAGCACCAUUUGUUGGCAUGAGCCCAAUGGCUGGAGUAUAUCCAGGUUCUUUUCCUGUUCAGGCAGGACAGUAUGGGCCCUAUGCCAUUCCUGCAGCAUAUUCUAGUGAUGGUUCCCAGUUGGCAGGAUACUACGCUGCCUCUCAACAGGCUGACGCUGCUCAGCCUAUCCCCACAGCAGAAUGGGUUGUUGCUCCUCCUUCCUUUGAGGAACCCGCAGCUGAUGCUGAGGUUGUCGGUGCCCUUCUCCCUCCUCCACAGCCUCUAGGACCUACCCUUCAGUCUGGGGAGACUGCCAACAUAGUAAAGGAAGCUGAACUUGGGCAUUACCAGCGGGAGACGGAGGAAUCGGGCUACCCAGCUGCCCCCACAAACCCUGGCUUUGGUGGCUUGUUGCCCUACCCUCUUGUUCCUCUUUAUGGCCUUCCCUACCCUUACCCUGCUUUUGACUACAGGCUCCUGUUUGGCCAAUAUCCUCCUGGCACCUACACUACCUUCAGUAGAAAUCAUGAGAGGGGCAGAGACUAUUCUAAGGAAAUUCACUAUCUAAAGGAACAUGUGUCUGAUGCUCCACAAACCCCCCAGAAUCCUGGACUUGGACAGCAAAAGUUCUUCCCAAGGUCACCCUAGAGCCCUGAAUGGAGGCUAAGAUGAAGUGCCCCAGUCUUGGAAGAAUCUCUUGGUAUUCUUAAAAUAAAGUAUUUUAAACAUGAC